UUGACACCCUUAACCGCAGGUACACCAAGAAACAUAAUCUGAGUAUGGAGGAGGGCUACAGAGCAGGUUACAAGGCUCUCAUGUCCAUCCUCAAGUACUGUUACGAGCUCGGCAUCAACUGUAUCUCCAUCUACACCUUCAGUAUCGACAAUUUCAAACGUGGACCCAAUGAAGUCAAGCUCGUAAUGGACAUUUUGCAAGAGAAGCUUCAAGCUUUACUCCAGGAAAAGACCAUCCUCUGCAGCUACAGCAUCAGGAUUCUUAUCUGUGGAGACCUCAAGCUUCUUGAUGAACCUCUCCGAGUUCUUGCAAAAGAAGUCAUGGCAAUUACUGGUAACAACAAGAAGUUGAUCUUCUGCAUCUGGGUUGCCUAUACUUCAACCAAUGAGAUAGUGCGUGCUGUUAAUGGAUCCUGCAGAGAGAAGAAGAUUAUGGAAAAAGACCCAACAGAUGAUGAUGAUGAUGAUGAUCAGAUCAUGAGUAGUAGUAGUAGUAGUAGUAGUAAUGUAAGUGUGGAAGAUAUAGAGAGGCAUUUGGAUCCGGUCAUAUGUCCUGAGCCAGAUUUCUUGGUCCGCACUUCUGGGGAGACUCGGCUUAGCAAUUUGUUACUUUGGCAGACUACCUACUGCUACUUGUAUUCUCCGGCCGUGCUUUGGCCGGAGAUCUCUUUAUGGCACAUGGUGUGGGCUGUCUUGAAUUUCCAGCGCCUCCACCCUUAUUUGGAGAAUCAAAAGAAAAAGCAUAAGAAGAUGGAGAAAGAAGAGUAA